CAUUAUGGAAUUGAACGGAUCCUGUGCUUAAUGCGUCGAGAAACUCGGUAUCAACUUUUCACUCUCAGGCCCACCCAACGUGCUUCCUGGAUCGGCUUCGCGAUGGCCUACCACCUUAUGCAAGACUACGAUAUGGCGUUGCAGGUUUUGGAAGAAUUUCGAAAGACACAGAAUGAAUACGACUAUGAGCACAGCGAGUUCCUGUUGUACGAAAACAUGGUGUAUUACGAAGCAGGCAAGUAUCAGGAGGCGUUUGAUCACCUUGAAGCCCACAGGCCACAGAUUUUCGACUACGUUUCAUACUUGGAAACGAAAGGCAUUCUUUUACGGAAGCUGGACCGGAAGCAGCAAGCUGCCGAUGUGUACCGGCUGUUAAUCGAACAGAACCCAGAAAACGAAGCUUACUACAGAAGUUUGGAGAUAUGUAUGAUUUUUUGUUCUCUGAUUGAUCCUUCUUCGCACUCCGCAGCUGAACGACGUCUCGCCCUCUACGAUGAAAUGAUGCUGACGUUCUGUCGAGAAAAGUUUAUCGAUCGUAUCGAACCGAUUCUGAUUCGUAUGUUACGCAAAGGCGUUGCUCCCCUUUUCACAAUGCUCAAGUUCCUGUAUUCUGAUCGCGAAAAGGUAGUUAACAAACUGUCGUUAACCUUUCCGUUUGUUUCAGAAAGUGUGAAGGAACCGCCGUCGACCCUUCUUUGGGUCUACUAUUUUUUGGCUUUACAUUACGACCAUCUUGGUGAUUCGUCGAAGGCACUGACAUUCAUAAACAAGAGCAUCGAUCACACGCCGACACUAAUCGAACUGUAUAUGGCGAAGGGCCGGAUUUUUAAGCAUGCCGGCAAUAGAUUCGAGGCGGUGCAUUGGAUGGAGGAAGCACAGAGUCUUGAUACUGCCGAUCGUUAUAUCAACUCAAAAUGCGCUAAGUACAUGCUGAUGGCCGGAAUGGUGAACGAAGCUGAAGCCAUGUGCUCAAAGUUUACGCGGGUAUUAAUUAUUGUUGUUGCGACACGUUUUUUACAUUUAUUUUAUCUUUGUUUACGAAAUUCAUUAAUGUACAGUUUCUGUAGUCGCUCGUCGCUUAUUGUUAAUAUGAAUAUGACAAUUCAUGCAAGAAUUCCUUUUGAGUGUUCGCCAGUUAACCUUCCAGCUCGGCGAUCAUGUUGUCCUUUUGGCCACUCGAUCCCGAGAAGUAGCCAGCUCACCGUUCACCUUCUCUUACGCUUGUUAGAUUUGGAGCAGCUUCGCUCCGGAGCCACUGGUUGCUGA